UCUCUAGUUCAUCAAACAUUUUCGUCAGUGCAUUAUAAUAAAAUAUACAUAAAACAAUAAUGGCUUCAACGGAAUCAGUUCAAACCACGACGGUUGCUCCGGUCGCUUCAUCUCCGCUCAAGAAAAAAACCAAGACUCCCGGCACAAAGUCGACGACCGCACCUGCUCAUCCGUCUACAGCUGUAAUGGUGAUCGCGGCUAUUUCUGAGCUGAAAGAGAAGAAAGGUUCAUCGCUGCCGGCCAUCAAGAAAUACAUGUCCAACAACUACAAGGUGGACCCCACUAAGCUCGCGCCGUUCAUCCGCAAGUUCUUGAAGGCCGCCGUGAUCAAAGGAUCACUGUUGCAGACCAAUGGUAUAGGCGCCAUGGGCCACUUCAAACUUCCAGUUGAGGUAAAAAAGAAGGAACCGGCCGUCGCCAAGAAACCGAGUUCCGUUGCUAGCAAAAAGAAGGCCGUAGCAAGUAAGAAACUAGCCCAAGUCUCGGCCGCCGGUACUCCAAAAAAGAGGAAGUUGCCCGCGAAGAAAGCUUCCAAUGUCACCGAGCCUGCUGCCAAGCCAAAGAAAUCGCUAAUUAAGGCGAAGAAGGCUGUCGCGGCACCUAAACCGCCGAAUGUAAAGAAAACAACUGCUGUGAAACAAAUGAAGUCGCCUAAGAAAAAGUAAUAGACAUUGUGCAUAUUAUGACGAAAAUGUAAAUAUUUAAACGAUAAAUGCCCGUACCCUUUAAAAAGGUCCUUAUCA